AUGAGCUCAAAUCUUGACUUCUCGCCAGAAGGUCUAUUAGACCUUUCGUUCGAGCAACGUGACCCACGAUACCAAUUUACCAAUAUGACUACGCGUUCGACUUGGCCACUGCCGUUGGAUAUGGCCUCAGGAGGAUCUGACGACCGACGGGAAACUUCGCCAGGACAUAGUGGACACCAACAGUAUCAAACCGGACACCAUCAUAAUUCUCCCACAUUAUUGACAGAUUGGCCGAUACAACAGCAACCUCAGCAUUUGUCACCCCAGCAACUUUCCCCUCAGCAAUUGUCGCAAUUUAUCCCGGACAACUCGUUGAUGGGACCACAAUAUACAUUUGGCAGCCCGUACCAAACCUCACCUCUCGACUAUGGCUUACCUGCAACCACACAAGCAGCUCUCGAAGCCAGUCUCCAGAUGGAAGCUCCAUUUAACGGACUCACACAAACGGUUGAGGCGCAGGCGAAUCAAUGGCAGGAUUGGCAUGAAUUCGAGUAUGCGAUGAAUUUUACCUCGAACCAUGGAAUUCCAAGUAUAGGACGACAAAGUCUGGGAAGCAACUCACCGACGGGUACGUACUUGGAAGUGCUCUCGUUACCCAGUUCGAGUAGUGAUCACGGAUGGUCGACAGUCGAUACGUACCAGGAUUUCAACACCUAUCAACAAGCGCAAAACCAAGCAAUUUUCAACCCAGGACAAACAUUACAUUUGCGAAGUCACUCGGAUUCAUCGCAAUCCGACGGUCAUCAAUCGAUAGAUACCUUUGGCAGUUUUGAGGAUUUGUCAGGAUACCCAUACUCGCCGUACUCACCGGGCUCGGACAGCUAUUUGGAUGUGACGGGUGGACACAGGAAUUGUUUCCACGGCGAAGCACAUCAUCACAAUCACGAUAUUAUCAGUCCCGCUGCGGCCGUUCCCCACAACCCAUCCAAGCUCCAUCUACAAAAUCCACGGCGGCUUCAACAACUUCCAACCGUACCUCUCCAUCCAGCACCUCUCAUCCGCCGCACCUCCAACGGAAAGAAGGAUGCCCCAACCGAGAAGCGCGUUGGACGAAGACGCGGCCCCUUAUUACCAGAGCAGCGCAAACAAGCUAGCGAAAUAAGGAAAUUGCGAGCCUGUCUCCGCUGUAAAUUCUUGAAGAAGACGUGCGAUAAGGGUGAGCCCUGUGCGGGAUGUCAACCUUCGCAUGCUCGUUUGUGGCAGGUGCCGUGUACGCGUAUCGAUAUCAAGGAUAUUGGUUACUUCAUGAAGGAUUGGAAGGCGGAUUAUGAACGUCACGUGGGGAGAGGUGUGUCUGUUUACAAUAUCAAGGGAUUCUCGCAAAAGGAGGAGUUGCUUUGGAUUACUCACGGAUAUGGAUUUGCUCUGCCGAUUAUGGCGAGAGAGGUUUAUGUGAGUGAUGAUAGUUGCUUUAAUGUCGACUGGGUUGAGGGUGAUCACGAAGAACCCAUCGAGUUUGAAACUCGCACGGAGAGAAUGUCUGCUGGUUCUGAAGGUGUCUCGAAUGAAGCAUUAUCUGAGUACCUCGAUAAACACAUCGAUGGACCUUUUGAAGAAUUUAUCGAUGAGUACUUUGAGGGCACUCCAUUCAUUACCGAGAUUUUGAAGACUGCUCACCGCUACUACAUGAAAGAGAAGGUUUCCGUCGUCCGCAAGGCAUUGAAACUCGUUCUUGCUUACAACCUCACCUUACACGUUACCAUGGUCGAGCAAAGAGGAGACGAGCACCCAAUGGAAGGAAUCAUCGAUGACGAGGACUCCAAAUUCAACGGAAAGGUCGUCGCCCCCGUCAUGAUCAAUUUCCAAAUCAAAUGUGCCCUCGCCGACAUGUGGCGUGAACUCCAAAAGGAGAUUCUCGAAGAAUUGUCCUCACUCUACUCUAGCGUUUACAGUGGUGACAGACUCAAGAACUGGCCCACAAUCUUCAUGCUUGCAUCGAUCCUCCUCGCUGUGUGGGAAGAAAUGCAAUUCGAUUGUCAUUACCGGGUUCCCGACCAAGCAGCCGUCAACAAAUUCUGCAACGAUAUGGAAACCACCCCAGUAGGCGUCAUCGUCGGAUUAUUCCAUGCCAUUUCCCAGAAACUCCCUGCGUUUACCGAUUGGGAAACUAGAAGACAUGGUCAACUCCUCAACAACAACGUAGCUGUCUGCGAAGCCAUGACUGAAAUGAGAGGUCACGUAACCAAGCAUGAAUCCUACCUCAAAACCCGACCUGACGCUAAAUUCGACCGUCGCGACUUCGACUGUCUCUCCAACAAAUUCCUCUCCAAACUCGUCAUUCGCGCAAAUUAA